ACAUCGUCCUCGCCUCCGCCGCAGACGGUACAGAAUAGUGCAGCAAGGCAACCGCGCAGGUAGUAUUCAACCAGUCAGGUCAGGUCAAGGCGUUGUUUAUAAGUCAUCCCAAGCACCACGGUUAAGCAGUAAAUAUAAGAAGAAUGGCGGAACCACUGAAGCAGAGCCUCUUUGAUAACAAGCCCAUGGAAAAGAUAAAGAAAGAUCCCAAGCGGAUGUCGGUGGAGAGAAUCUAUCAGAAGAAGACUCAGUUGGAGCACAUUUUGCUCCGACCGGACACCUACAUUGGAUCUGUAGAGCCAGUCACCCAGCAAAUGUGGGUGUACGAUGAGGACGAUGGACUGAACUGCCGUGAUGUGACGUUUGUCCCUGGGCUUUACAAGAUUUUUGACGAGAUCCUUGUAAAUGCAGCUGACAAUAAGCAAAGGGACAAGAAGAUGUCCACCAUCAAGAUCAACAUAGACAUUGAAAACAACACCAUCAGUGUGUGGAAUAACGGGAGGGGGAUCCCUGUGGUGGAGCACAAAGUGGAGAAGGUCUAUGUGCCUGCUCUCAUCUUUGGGCAGCUCCUCACCUCCAGUAACUAUGACGAUGACGAGAAGAAAGUCACUGGUGGACGCAAUGGAUAUGGCGCUAAACUUUGCAACAUCUUUAGCACAAAGUUCACUGUAGAGACUUCCUGUAAGGAGUCAAAGAAGAGCUUCAAGCAGGUUUGGUAUGACAACAUGAGCAGGACCGGAGAUUCCCAAAUCAAACCCUUCGACGGGGAGGAAUACACCUGCAUCACCUUCAGGCCGGACCUCGCCAAGUUCAAGAUGAGCAUCCUGGACAGAGACACGGUGGCUCUGAUGACCAGGCGGGCGUACGACAUCGCUGGAGUCUCCAAGGGCGUUCGUGUGUUCUUCAACGACAAGAAGCUGCCACUCACAGGUUUCCGUAGCUACGUGGACAUGUACGUGAAGGACCGGGUGGACGAGCUCGGCGCCGCCCUUACCGUGGUCCACGAGGUCGUCAACGACCGCUGGGAGGUCUGCCUCACCACGAGCGAGAAGGGUUUCCAGCAAGUCAGCUUCGUCAACAGCAUCGCUACGACCAAGGGAGGGAGGCACGUCGACUACGUUGCUGACCAGGUGGUUAGCAAGCUCAUCGAAGUGGUGAAGAAGAAGAACAAGGCCGGGGUGGCCGUCAAGCCGUUCCAGGUGAAGAACCACCUGUGUGUGUUUGUCAAUUGCCUGAUCGAGAACCCGACCUUUGACUCUCAGACCAAAGAGAACAUGACGCUGCAGCAGAAGACCUUUGGCUCCACUUGUCCGCUCAGUGACAAGUUUAUCAAACAGGCCACAUCCUGCGGGGUUGUGGAGAGCAUCAUGAACUGGGUGAAGUUCAAGGCUCAGACCCAACUAAACAAGAAAUGCUCAACCGUUAAGCACACAAAAAUCAAAGGGGUGCCAAAGCUGGACGAUGCCAACGAUGCAGGUGGGAAGAACUCCAUCGGCUGCACGCUCAUCCUCACGGAGGGGGACUCGGCCAAGACGCUGGCCGUGUCUGGGCUGGGCGUGGUCGGCAGGGACCACUACGGCGUCUUCCCCCUCAGGGGAAAAAUGCUCAACGUCCGGGAGGCAACGCUCAAGCAGAUAAUGGAGAACGCCGAAAUCAACAGCAUCAUUAAGAUCAUCGGCCUUCAGUACAAGAAGAACUACAGCGACCCGGAAUCCCUCAAGAGUCUGCGUUAUGGCAAGAUCAUGAUCAUGACCGAUCAGGAUCAAGACGGCUCCCACAUCAAGGGGCUCCUAAUCAACUUCAUCCAUCACAACUGGCCGUCUCUGCUGCGCCACAACUUCCUGGAGGAGUUCAUCACGCCCAUCAUCAAGGCAACUCAUAAGAAGUCUCAGCUGUCCUUCUACAGUAUCCCUGAAUACAACGCAUGGAAGCAAAGCCAGCCCAACCAAAAAGCUUGGAAGAUAAAAUACUACAAAGGUUUGGGAACCAGCACAUCUCAGGAAGCCAAGGAGUACUUCUCUGACAUGCAGAGACACCGGAUCCCAUUCAAGUACUCCGGACCUGAAGAUGACGAAGCCAUUUCCCUCGCCUUUAGCAAGAAGAAGGUGGACGAGCGUAAAGAGUGGCUCACCAACUUCAUGGUUAACCGGCGCCAGCGCAGGGCUCACAACCUGCCAGAGGAUUACCUGUACAGCCAGUCCACCAAGUCGCUCUCCUACAACGACUUCGUCAACAAGGAGCUGGUGCUCUUCUCCAACUCUGACAAUGAGAGGUCCAUCCCCUGCCUGGUGGACGGUCUGAAACCAGGCCAGAGGAAGGUGCUGUUCAGUUGCUUCAAGAGGAACGACAAGCGGGAGGUGAAGGUGGCCCAGCUGGCUGGCUCGGUGGCGGAGAUGUCCGCCUACCACCACGGAGAGAUCUCGCUCAUGAUGACCAUUGUCGGUUUGGCCCAGAACUUUGUGGGAAGCAACAACUUGAACCUGCUGCAGCCUCUGGGUCAGUUCGGAACCAGGUUGCACGGCGGCAAGGACUCUGCCAGCCCUCGAUACAUCUUCACCAUGCUCAGCCCUCUGGCCCGCCUCCUUUUCCCAGCUGUGGAUGACAACCUGCUCAAGUACAACGUUGACGACAACCAGCGCGUGGAGCCCGAGUGGUACCUGCCCAUCAUCCCCACCGUGCUGGUGAACGGCGCCGAGGGCAUCGGCACCGGCUGGGCCAGCAAGAUCCCCAACUACAACAUCCGGGAGAUCGUCUCCAACAUCCACCGCCUGCUCAGCGGCGACGAGCCCCUCCCCAUGCUUCCAAACUACAAGGGCUUCAGAGGUACGAUUGACCAGGUGAUGGACAACCAGUUCAUCAACAGCGGGGAGGUGGCCAUCGUUGAUUCCACCACCAUUGAGAUCUCGGAGUUGCCUGUCAAAACCUGGACGCAGUGCUACAAGGAGAACGUGUUGGAGCCCAUGCUGAAUGGCUCAGACAAAGUCCCGCCUCUGAUCACAGACUACAAGGAGUACCACACCGACACCACUGUGCGCUUCGUGGUCAAGAUGACCGAAGAGAAGCUGUGUGAGGCGGAGGCCGCCGGCCUGCACAAAGUCUUCAAACUUCAGAACACCCUCACCUGCAAUUCCAUGGUCCUGUUUGACCACGUGGGCAGCCUGAUUAAGUACGAGUCUGUGCAGGACGUCCUGAAGGCCUUCUUUGAGUUGCGGAUGAAGUACUACGUGCUGCGGAAGGACUGGUUGGUGGGCAUGCUGGGGGCAGAGAGCGCCAAGCUCACCAACCAAGCUCGCUUCAUCUUGGAGAAAAUCGAGGGCAGCCUGGUCAUCGAGAACAAGCCAAAGAAGGAGCUGAUUCGCAUGCUGCAGCAGAUGGGCUACGACUCUGACCCGGUCAAGGCUUGGAAACAGGCCCAAGAGAAGAACGUGGACAUCGUGGAGGAGGAGCAGGAGGAAGGAGCCGAGGAGGAGGAGGAGGAGGACACCAGCGGGCCGGACUACAACUACCUGCUGAGCAUGCCCAUGUGGUACCUGACCAAAGAAAAGAAGGACGAGCUGUGCAAACAGAGGGACGCCAAGCUGACCGAGCUCAACACCCUGAAGAAGAAGGCUCCCACGGACCUGUGGAAGGAAGACCUGGCCGCCUUCCUGGAGGAACUGGAGGUGGUUGAGGAAAAGGAAAAGGAGGCUGCCAGAAUGCCGGUGGCCAAAAAGGGGCCCGCCAAGGGCAAAGCGCUGAAGGUGAAGCAGGAGACUCAGCCCACGCCGCAAGGUCGCCGCGUGGUCCCCCGCAUCACCAGCACCAUGAAGGCCGAAGCCAACAAGAAGGCUUGUCUCAGGAGAGGAGAGGGCAAGAGGCCCAAAAAUGUCAAGACGGAGAAAGUGGUGGUGAAGAUGGAGUUUGGAGAAGAGGAGGAGAACGAGGGGCCGAGGGAGGCGAUGAGCUUGGCUGCACGACUGGGCAAGAAACCGAGAGUCAUGAAAAGGGAAAAAGAAGUGUCAAAGAGCAGCCGGCAGAGCACCCUCCAGUUCAAGCCCGUGUCCAAGAAGGCCAAAAAGAACCCGUGGUCGGACGACGAUUCGGAGGCCAAUGUGUCCGACAGUGAGAUGGACGAAGAGGUCGCCCCGAGGGAGAAGGUCCAACGCAAAACUAAAGCUGCGGUGACGUACAACAUGUCCGACAGCGAGAGCGAGGUCGACGACAGGGGGGCGAAGGCCGCGCCGAGGCGGAGGGCCGUUGCCAGCGACGACGAGGAUGACUUUGUCCCAGAACCCACGGCCGACAGCGACGCGGACUCUCCCGCCCCCCGUCCCAAAGCUCCAGAGCCCCCGAGGAAGGAAACGGCAAAGAGUAAAGCGACCGUUAAAAGCAAGUUGAGCUCUCAGUCGGACGAUCAGUUGGCUCCGCCCAAAGCGCCAGCUCAACGCAAGACCAAGGCUGCGCCAAAGAAGUCUGCGUCUGCCAGGAAGCCUGCUGCUAAGAAGGCUGCAGAUGUGAAGCAGCCGUCCAUCGUAGACGCUCUCUCCAAGUCCAAACCCGCAAGCGAGGUCCCUUCGUUCGACUCGGGCGAUUCCGACAGCGACGCCAAGGCUCCGGUCACAAAGGCCAAACAGGUGAAGCGGAGAAAGGUCUUCAGGGAGGAUUCCGACAGCAGUUCGGGCGCCCUGAUGUCCCCCCUGAAGGCCAAAACCGUCCCCGGCAAGAAAACCAAUAGCUGGGACAUGGACGACAGCUUCCAGCUCUCGGACCAGGAGGCCGCCGCCCCCCUCGCAGCGAGAGACAAACCCGCCCGAGCCCGGAAGCCUGUGACCUACAAGCUGCAGUCGGACUCGGACUCAGACGACUUUUGAAUUUGACCCGACGGGUCGGCUUCAGAUUUUAUUAGACAUGUUCUUAAAAUGUUAUCGUGUAUGUUUGUGCCAUGUCGUUAACGUGGCGUACACGGAUUUUUACUAAAACGAUUUGGGCCCAAAAAUAAGUUGUGAUCCCGUCAGUAGUUUUCUCAUCUGCUGUUUAUUUUAGUCGUCCGUCUUUGUCGUUCACUUGUCUGUGUUUCGUGUCCUGUAAAUAUUUCAAUGGCUGUUCAUUUAAUAUUUGGAAGAAAUAAAGUUGUCUUGUUUGUAUUGAUUG